AUGGCGCCCCUCCGCACGCGCACCUCGGCCCACUCUGCCCGCGUCACCCUGUACGAGCCCGCCGCCGCGUCGAUCAGCAGCCUCGCCGCCGCCACUGCGCCCGCGUCGACGUCCGCCCCAGCGACCCCCCGCAGGCGCACACGCUCGAGCACUGCAGCGUCGAGCCCGGUCGUCAAGUACGAGCGCGACGAUGACGACAACGCGCCUGCCUGGGCCGCCGACGAGGGCGACGACUCGGAUGCCGCCGCGUUCGAGGAGCUCAAGCCUGCGCCGACCACGCCCAAGGCCAAGUCGCCCCGCAAGCCCAAGCCGCACGUCACCAAGCUCGCCAACCCGCACCCGGCGCCCAAGAACUGGGAGAGGACGUACGCCGUCAUUCGUGAGCAGCGCAAAGGGAUCGUCGCAGCCGUCGACCUGAUGGGCUGCGAGCAGGGCGGGCGCGAGGCGCAGAAGAAGGAGGAGGACGCAGGCGCCGCUCCCGUCGACAGCGACAAGGCCCGGCGGCUCUCGACGCUCGUGUCGCUCAUGCUCUCGAGUCAGACCAAGGACCCCGUCACGCACCAGGCGACCGUCAACCUGCGCAACGACCUCCCCGGCGGCCUCACGGUCGACGCGCUCGACAAGGCGUCGGUCGACGACAUUGACCGCUGCAUCGCCAAGGUCGGGUUCCACAACACCAAGGCGAGGAACCUCAAGCUCCUCGCGACGAGGCUGCGCGAGCUCCACGAUGGCGACGUCCCGAGCGACUUGGCUUCGCUCUUGGACAUCGUCGGCGUCGGGCCAAAAAUGAGCUACCUCUACCUACAGUCCAUCGGGCAAAACAUCGGUAUCGGGGUCGACACGCACGUGCACCGCAUCACGCACCGCUUGCGGUGGCACAAGAAGGAGCCAAAGACGCCCGAGGAGACCCGACUCAACCUCGAGUCGUGGCUGCCUCAGCACCUAUGGCCCUCAGUCAACAAGAUGCUCGUUGGCUUUGGCCAGGAGAUCUGCAAGCCUGUCGCGCCUCGGUGCGACCUGUGCGACGUCGCGAGGGAGAAACUGUGCCCGUCGAGGCGGGUCGUCGUGCCCAGCCCGAGGAAAAAGGUCAAGGUCGAGCUUGAGAUCAAGGACGAGGAGGGGUUGGUCAAGGGCGAGCAGGGCGAAGACGCGGCGAGCGCGCCCCGGCUCGAGGUCAAGCUCGAGGAGGAGACGCAGGGCGUGGUGGCGGUCAAGGCCGAGGGCGAUGGGCGGGUUCUUGUCGCGGAGCGCGAGGUCAAGAACGAGGUCGUCGAAGCGGCGACAGUGCCCGGCGGCGAGGCGAGCUAGCUCUCUCUCUCUCCUCUCGUGCAACGAGGCCGCACGUUCCUCCUC